UCAACUACACCCGUCAGCUACCGCUGUAGAUUAAAGGAACUUUUCUUGCGUUACAAACUGAAAUCCAUAACUCCGAGAAGGAUGUACUUUUCCACUUAUCUUAUAAUUCUCCUCAUUGUAUUGGGUAUUGUUUUUUAUUAUUUACGGAAACGACAGGAGGAAAAUGAUGGAGAGCAGAAGAAUUCAUUUCUAUCAUCACCAUUGGAUCAACAAUCUCCACACGAAGAAGAACAUGAUCAGAGGACCGAUUCAUCCUCAUCAUCAUCACUGGAUAAACCAUGUCGACUUUUUUCACUUGCUGAAAUCAAAUUGGCAACCCAUGAUUUUGAUGAUGCAUUUGUAAUAGGAAAGGGUGGCUUUGGGAAGGUAUACAAAGGUAAGAUUGAGUUUGGGGAAGAAGGAAUUGAUGUUGCAAUUAAGAGGUUUAAUCUUGAUUCCAAUCAAGGGGCAACUGAGUUCCGGUCAGAGAUUGAGAUGCUUUCUAAAUUUCGCCAUGGUCAUAUUGUGUCUCUUUUAGGAUACCAUGAAGGAUCCGAUAAAAGAGAGAUGAUUCUUGUUUAUGAAUACAUGCCGAAAGGAAGUCUCGAGGAUCAUUUGCACAAAAGAAGAGCUAAUGGAAGUAAAUGUUCUCUGCUGACAUGGGUCCAGAGGCUCAACAUUUGCAUAGGUGCUGCUCGUGGUUUGGACUACCUUCAUUCAGGUACAGGUGUUGAAUCUAGAGUCAUACACCGUGACAUCAAGAGCUCAAACAUCCUGCUGGAUGAGAAUUUGGCUGCUAAGAUUUCCGACUUCGGGUUGUCCACAAUUGGUCCAGCAAAUCAGGUGGGCACCACUAAUGUUUAUACCAAUCAGAUCAGAGGCACAUUUGGAUACAUAGAUUCUGAGUAUUACACGACUCGCAGACUGACACGAAAGUCUGAUGUGUAUGCAUUUGGUGUGGUGUUAUUGGAAGUGUUGUGUGGUAGACCUGCUCUGGAUUUUACAUUGGGUGAGGAGCAACACAGCCUAGCUGUAUGGGCCAAAGACUGCAUCAAAGAAGGUAAGAUUGAUCGAAUCAUUGAUCCAUGUUUGAGGGGGAAAACCACAGCUAACUGUCUGAAGGAAUUUGGGAGAAUUGCAUCUGAAUGCAUCCUUACUCGUUCAAAGGAUCGACCCACAAUGACUAAGGUAGUGGCUCGGCUUGAAUUUGUGUUAACUUUGGCGUCACAAAAACAUGGUGGGGCAACAAUUGCUGAAAAGGUGUGGUCGUUGUUCCCUCUCAAAAUUCCAGCAGUAAAUGGUAAAAAUUACAGACUUAGAAAAAAGUGGAGCGAUUACAACAAAAGUAAACGGAUCAUACUAGACAAAGAAAUGACAGAAGGGAGCAAUGAAGGUAAAGAUAACAGUGUCAUUGUAGUAGACCCCACUAAGCCAGCAGCAGAGGGGAGCAAUGCUACUAUAAACAAAUGUGUCAUAACGGAAGAACCCAUUAUGACUGCAGAAGAAAGAAGCAGCAACUGUAUAAAAGAAAGUGCAAAUAUAAAUAAACUCGCUACCACAGCAGUAGAAUGUCAUGACACUAAGGCUCAGCCAUCAAGUAGUCAGAUGGGGACACAUAGUUUGAUGAUAUUCACAUUUGAUGAGGUAAAGAGAGCUACCAGGAAUUUCCUGCCAUCAGAAUUACUUGGAGUUUCGGAUGGUGCCUCAGUCUAUAAAGGGUGGGUGGAUAGUGCAUCGUAUGCACCAUCAGUGUUAGGUGUGGGGAUAGCUGUCGCUAUCAAGAUUUCAAAUACAGAUAGCGCUCGAAGUCGCAAAGAGUGGCAGGCUUUAUCAGGGGUGGUGGUGGAAAUCCAGAUUCCAAAUGGAUCAUGUAGGAUCGCUUUCCGAACUGAUAUUUUUACCUUAUGCCCGAGUUACAAGAAAUCCAUUCUAGGAUAA